UUCGACUAUAUAAAUUGAAGGCGCCUAUAAGCGAAAACACAACCAAAUCCUCGUGCCUCUUACUUAAUGGUCUUACACUUAUCUUAAUCUACUUGUUGUCACUAUAAAUAACCCAUGUACAAUAUAAUACACUUGCAAUAUUAGCCAAUUCGGUUCCGUUCGCCACAAACCCAAGCAUACUCUAAAAGAAUUCCUCUGAAGAAUGGGAGGGAUGUUACACGCAACAGUAGGAAUAAUGGGGAAUGCAGCUUCGUUGCUUCUUUACGCAGCACCCAUAUUAACGUUUAAAAGGGUGAUAAAGAAGAGAAGCACAGAAGAAUUCUCUUGCGUACCUUACAUUAUAGCUUUUCUGAAUUGCCUGCUAUAUACCUGGUAUGGUCUGCCAGUUGUAAGCCGCGGAUUUGAGAACUUCCCUGUAAUCACCAUCAAUGCCAUAGGGAUAGUUCUGGAAACCUCAUUCAUUUUCACGUAUAUAUGGUUUGCGUUGCCUGAACGCAAGAAAACAGCGAUAUUAAUGAUGGUACCAGUGACAGUGCUGUUCACUAUGACUGUCUUUGUCUCAAGCUUUCUGCUGCAUGAUCACCGCCACCGCAAAGUAUUUGUCGGGACCAUCGGUUUAGUGGCCUCCAUAUCCAUGUAUAGCUCUCCCUUAAUCGCUGUGAAGGAAGUAAUAAAGACCAGAAGUGUUGAGUUCAUGCCCUUCUAUUUAUCUUUCUUCUCCUUCUUAGCCAGUUCUCUGUGGCUGGCAUACGGACUUCUGGGGCGUGAUCUUUUCCUCGCGGCACCUAAUUUCCUUGGUAGUCCAGUGGGCCUUCUUCAAUUAAUACUGUAUUUCAUCUACAGAAAAAACAAAGCAGCUCCUGAAGAACUUCACGAAAUCGAUCUAAACAAGAAUGAUCUGAAAACAGUACCCAAGCAGCAGGAAGUUAAUGGACGAAAACUUGAUGCGUAAAAUAGAUUUAUAGAUCCUUUCCCCCGCAUCAAUUGUGUUAUAAGUUCAUCAUCAUCUAGUGUAUGUGAUGUUGAUGUAUCCGACAAGAUGCUAUGAUGCAUACAUGUGAACUAAUGCACCCUAUAUCAAGAGCUUUUUAAAUUAUAUGCAUCGGCAGAUCGAAUUGUACAAACUCUACACCAAAGCUAAAACAAUUCAUUCUUAUUUCAGAAUGAAUGAUUUCCCCAGUA